CAAAUCCCAAAAAAAACAGAUGUGGUGACAACUUAUUAUUAUUUGCCAUUGUUUUAAUUUUCAUAUAUUGUUUUUAUUUCACAAUAAACUAUUAAUAAUAAUGGCAACAAAUUACGACAACGAUAGUUAUUGGAAUCGUUCAGCCAGUAAGGCUUUCAAUUUUGAUGACGAUGGCACCGAUGAUACGGAAUUUAAGACUGUAGCGGCCGGAUAUGAGUUAACAACAGAUUUUGGUGGUAUACUAAACGAUGACACCAUUUCAGAGGCUAGUUUUGAUAAUAGUGCCGCUGGUGGAGCUUUAAAUUUAUCCAUAAAAUCUUUGCUGUCGGAGGAAGCUUUAAAGUGUAUAUUAGAUGAACAGUCGAUGGAUGAUCGUUUAAUACCUAAGGGUCUGAGUGCCGAAGAAGAAUUGAAAUUAUUGAGACGACAAAUACAGAAUACUUUGUACACGCCUUCGCCUUUAACAACGGCUCAGAAAUUAUUAAGUGGUGUUAUGGUUAAUUUCGAGGUGUUCAAGUCUUUACAUGAUAAACAGCAACUUUUGGAAGCUGUUUUAAAUAUGGGUGCUGCUGGUGAUGCCAUUAUAAGUGUGGUGUUAUUUCUCGAAAGAACUUUAAAUAGACCAGACUUUUUACAAUUACUUGCCGCAAAACCCAAGGCCUUGCAACAUUAUUUAGCUUUUCUAAAGCAACAAAAUCCCACAGAAGCUGUUAAACUUCUUAAAGAUUUAGGUAAAGCUCAGGAUUCUUUGCUAUUACUUUACAAAGAAAUUUAUCAAUUUCACACGGUGAAAGAGCGUAAAGAAAAAUUACAACAAAUUAUGGAAAACUAUAAAGCGUCCAGUCCGCUUUAUCCACAAUUACUACAUGCUAAUAUUAAGCUACUAAACCUAUUGGAUACAGAACGUGCUACUUUUAACAAUAUGAUAGAUAUAGAUUCCAGUCCUAUUGAAGUUUUAUAUGCCUGUUGUUCCAAAUAUAAUAAUUGGAAGGAACAGGAUAUGUUAAAAACUAUUUCCCCAUAUCAUUUUGCGGCUGAUUUACAGAUCUCACCAGGACAAUUUGAAUGGUGUGCCUUGAAUGAACGCACACAAGCACAGGCUUAUGCUGAUCUACCUCAUAUUUUCGAACACAUACCCACCUGGCAUCCCAUGAAACAAAAACAAUUUCACAUAAGUUUUUCUUUGGAUUUGGCAAUUUUACGAUUGCAUGAAUUACAAGCUCCAGCCACUAUAAUUUAUUUGUUUUUAUCAAAAGUCUCUAACAAUAAUGAUAAACUAACUUUAGCUAGAAGAGUUAAAUGUGUUAAGGCUGAAAUAGAUGCUCUAGUGGCUUUAAAGGAUAUAGGUCAAUUGACUUUACUGAGAGACUCUUUAGCUGAACGUUCAGAGGAACAGUUUUAUUGUGACAAUGCUUUAAAAACGGUACAAACUAAAAGAUGGACUACGGAUAAUAUUAAAUUGAAACUCAAUAAUAAUCUUAGUUGAGUUAUAAUAUUGAUUAUUGAUGAAAAUGCAAUAAUUAUUUAUAAGUUUUGUUACCGAAAAAUCUCAAAGAAAAUGUUAAAUAUUGUAUAAAUUGUACAUUUUUAAAGAUUGCAAUAAAAAGUUUUACAAAUUU